AUGUCACUCAGAGCCAAAUCCCACACCGACCUGCAGACGGCUGGGAGGCCCUCAUUAGAUGACAGCCUGUACAACUCUUUCUCCAUGAGCAGCAGUAACGUUAACAGAGGCAGCCGGUUCGGGAACGGGACAGUGGAAGAGGUCAAAGGUCUCUCCAGACCGACCAGGAGGCCCGUACGGGUGGUCAGGCCGGUCAGCGCCGUCAGCUCCAAUGGCACCUUCCUCCAGAUCAACCAUCUGCAGGGAGAGCUGGUCAGAAAGAGGAAGGAAUGCGAGGAUCUGAGAAAAGAAAACAAGUACUUAUCAAAUGAGAUCCACAUGGAGCGGAUCAUGAUGCGCACAGAGAGCGAGCUGACCAUGAGGAACCUCAGGAACCUGAACCAGGAGCUGCAGGCUCAAGUCAAAGAGCUGAACCAGAAGCUGUACCAGAGCCAUCAGAGGGCGGCGUUGUGCUCACGAGCCGCAGACGAGGCAGAGGUGUCCAGAGGGGAGGCGGAGAAGAUCAGGGCGCUAGCCGAGGCCCGGGCCCUCGGGUGUCAGCGGGACAAGGGGGCCGCAGAGGCCGACAGGAACCGCCUGAGUGAGGAACUGCAGCAGCUUAAAAAGGAGCACACUGAUCUGCAGCUUUCAGUGGCACGAACAGAGAAGAGCUACUUUGAAACCAAGCUGAAGCUGGACCGGGUGUCUGGGGAGAAACAGGCCCUGCUGCAGGAGAACAGGAGCCUGGAGGGAGACAGAGACGACCUCCGACACAAGCUGAGACAGAUCACUGACGAAAAUGUCCAGAUUAAACACAACGAGAUGAAUUCGAGGCGCAGGGCGAUGGCAUCGGAGGAGGAGGCCAAAAAGGCCAACCAGACUCAGCGGGAGGCCGAGGCCGAGAGGCGUCUGGCUGAGAAGGAGAGGCAGGAGAGAACGACCGAGUGUCUCGGCUGGAGGGAGAAGCACCAGGAGUUAGCCGACCGGUUCAGAGGUCAGGAGGACAUGAAGGCUCUGAGGCAGAGCAAAGCAUGUCAAGCCAACAUCAAGAGUUAUUUCCUCUGCAUGACAGAAAGCGAUCAGAGGGUUAAAAUCCUCAAAAAUCAAGACGGCAGCCCGAAAAAUUUUACGGAGGGAGACCCUGUGUACAUCUCCACCCCCGAGUCCAGUCCUGAAGAGCCUGAAAGGAGUUCCUCCAGGACCAUGUUCAGGGUCUCGGCCCCGCACACGGGAAGGGAUCCGGGCCCGAGUCAUUUUGAUGAGCUGCCCGCCUUCGGAGGAGAGCGACCCGACUCUGCUCCUCAACGCAGGAGCAGGAAGGUGGUGGAUUACUUCUGGAUCCCUACAGACCAGGAAUAGUCGACCGUUAGAAGAAGAAGAAGAAGGGUGAAACCUGCUUUGCUUGGUCACGACAGCAGGCAGAGGAGAUUUUUGAAAGAAAUUGUUGAAAAUGCUGCGAUGACGUAACAAACACACAAACCUCCAAACCUCCAGGCCCUGGUCCUCUCUCUCAACCUCCCAGCCUGCAAUCUAUCACCAUACAGCCUGAAUCAACUCCUCCUGCCUCAGUUUUCAUACUGAGAUGGGAUCCAUCUAAAAAAAUCUUGUACCUGCUCUUUAAAAUAAAUCUAAAAUGUAUUUUUACCAGCUUCAAUAGUUCCUAUAUCGAUCACAAAACAAAUUUGACUAUUUCUAUCAUGUGUUAUUCAGGUGUUAAAGCUAGGGUUGGUAAUCUUGAGAAACUAGCAAAGGC